AUGGCGUGUACAUCUGGCCCUGAGUUUCUUCAUGGAACAACCACACUAGCAUUCAAAUUCCAGCAUGGGGUCAUCGUGGCUGUGGACUCGAGGGCGACGGCGGGCUCGUACGUCGCGUCGCAGACGGUGAAGAAGGUGAUCGAGAUCAACCUGCUGGGCACCAUGGCGGGCGGCGCGGCCGACCGGCAGUGCCGCAACUACGAGCUGCGCAGCAAGGAGCGCAUCAACGUGGCUGCCGCGUCCAAGCUGCUGGCCAACAUGGUGUACCAGCACAAGGGCAUGGGCCUCAGCAUGGGCACCAUGGUGUGUGGCUGGGACAAGAGAGGGCCAGGGCUCUACUAUGUGGACUCCGAGGGCAACUGCGUGUGUGGCGACCUGUUUGCCGUGGGCUCGGGCUCCAUGUACGCCUACGGGGUGGUGGAUAGCGGCCUGCGGCACGACCUGACCAUCGAGCAGCAGGCCUGCGCCCUCGGCCGCCGGGCGAUCUACCAGGCCACCUACCGUGACGCCUACAGCGCCGGGCAGGUCAACCUGUACUGCGUCCACAGCGACGGAUGGGAGAUUGUGUCCCAGGAGGACGUCCUGCGUCUCCACCAACAGUACCAGGGACAAACCGCAUAG